GAGGGGUCUGGUGGACCGCAGGUGGCUCGUCCAUGCAGGGCGGUCAUCCGCCUGACGCGUCAGUCGUCGAUGGUCAAGACGAGGGAUAGACAGGAUUGUUGGCAGACGUGGCGAGGGGCGGGCAGAGGUUGGGAGGGGGAAUCGAGAAGGCGGAGGGUGGGGAAAGGGUGUGCAGUUGUCCAGGGAACGGCAUUGCGAUGUGAAAGCAGUCAGGUAGGGGAUCGUGCAGCUGUCCAGGGAACGGCAUUGAGUUGUGAAAGCAGUCAGGUAGGGGAUCAGGGAUCAAGCCAGUCGACGACGGCGGCCUGUCGUUCUGUGGGAACGCCAAGAGAGAGACCGGUUCUAUCUUACAGGGCGCUCGCGAUGGAAUCAGCCGCACUCAGCUCUCGUGCACACCUCCGUUCAUCAUCCGUGAAGAUUGGUUGGGCGACUGGGGUGAUGGUUGUUGAGCCGACCAAUGGCGUGGGGAUCCACUCACGGACGCCGGAUGUACCCAGCCCCGUGGUCCUCGUGGACCUGAAGACGAAGGUGGAUUCGAAGGGCGCAGGGCGGGGCGGGGCUGACGGUUCGUCCGAUUUCUUGAUGUCGUCAUCAGAUGCUCCGCAGGGUAGCAGUGAACCCAUGCGAGUUGCGUCGAAUGAGAGCGGUCGCAGGUCGAGGUCCCGUCGUUGCCAGCCUCCCCCUGUGGGGAUCCCGACCAGGAGGGCUCACCUCGGGGAGGGAAUCGUCGCGGGUGGUAUAAUUCGGCGGCUCUGUCUUCCCGUGGUUGCAACCCGUCAGGAUGAGAACCAUGACAAGGGCAAGGACGAGUCCCGGUGGAGUUCGACUUUGAAGCGACGGUUCGAGGAGCUGGAUCCCAGUCGAACUGGUGCUAUCGGGGAGGACGAGUUGAGGAGAGCCGCAGAGAAACUGAGGCUUCCAGUCUCUCACAAGGAGGUGCGGGUGUUCGUGGAGAAGGUUGGCGAUAGGGUGACGUUCGACGAGUUUGUCAAGUUCGCCACGGGAAUGGAGGACCGCCUGCAUGCCACGUUCAGGGAGCUGGAUAGACGACACACUGGCAUCGUGUCGAAGGAGGAUAUUCCGGAAGCCCUUAGAAGACUCGACAUAAGGCCGAGAAAAGCGUACCAGGACGAUCAGUUGGUCAGCCGCAGCGUAGGCAAGGCGCCUUCCCAGGGGUUUGGGUUCGAAGAUUUGCGGACGUACCUCCUCUGGGCCAAGGAUGCUGAGGAGGUGUUGGAUUCGGGGUCACGUGCUCGAGCAGCCAUCGACUUCGGUGGGGACUUGGAUUGCAACUUGCCCCUCGCUUUGGAGACUCGUGCUGCCAGGCCCAAUCUCCGCUUCCCUGAGCUGCAAACGAUGAGAGAUGUGCUGGCUGCAUGCAUCUCCGGUGCGGCAGCCAUGGGCCCAGCAGCAGGGCGGCUGGCGUACUCGGGCAUGAUGGACGCAUUUAGGGAUAUAAUCAGCAGAGAGGGAGCUGGAGCCCUGUACUCUGGACUGGCCGCCAACAACAUGAAGCUCCUCCCAGCUGCCGCUGUUUCGUAUGCCAUCCACAAUACUGCCCGGAAUCUUUGCGACGCCUACUAGGACCUCGUAUGUGCCUCAAGUGAAAUUAGUGGUUAUGUGUGCAUCUUACAGGAUGCAUCUGACCUUCAUGAAAGACGGGUUCGUGCAUCUUACGGGAUGCUUCUGAUCACUUUUUCGUGACAGAAGGAUUGGGUCCUACGUAGUAGUUCACUACCACCGCUUGUUUUUGAUUGAUUGUUUGGAAGGCAUUUUAGUCAUAUGGUUCGGAAUUGGCAAAGAUGAGCAUGUUUGCAGCCUUGCCUUACAUAGUGGGAUGAACUGGUAGAAAGAACUUUCAUAUGACUGAAUGUCUAAGGUUUGCAGCCCUCAGGUUGGAAGUGGAGAUGUGUAUCCAUCAGUGUAUCAUUUCUCGCCUACGUGCACAAAGGAGGACGAUGCUGAGGACUCUGUAGAGUCUGUACUACUACAGUGACACAGUGCUGCUAUUGAGAUAGAAAAAGAAAUAAGGGACAGGCAAGGUUAUCGUUUGCCCCGAGGACAACAGACACAUUGAUUGAAAGUAAAACAAAGGACGUUACCUCUGUUGAAAGAUGCUGGCACUGAGGGGAAGAGGGACAUAUAUUUGUAAUCGGGGUUUGGAAGUCAUUUGGUGGGGAAGGGACAAAGAUUUGUAAUUGGGGUGAUAGUGAGUAAUGUUGAAGCUUUGGGAGGAUGGUGUAGUGAAUCUAGUGAUAUCCAGAGAGUGCGAGGAGAGGGAGGGUCGAGGAAUUUGGAGGGAUAGGAACUAUUAGGGAGAGAGAUCAGAGUGUCCUUCAGGGCCUUUCGGGCAUUCCACAGACACCUUGUGAAUGUGGAGGACUAAGAAAGGGUACUGCUGCUACUGCACGAGGACGGGAGAGCGCGAGGAGGGGGACUAAGAAAGGGUACUGCUGCUACUGCACGAGGACGGGAGAGCGCGAGGAGGGGGAGGGUUGAGGAAUUUGGAAGGACAGCCUGGACAGGGAUAGAGAUCAGAGUGUUCUUUGGGUCCUUUUGGGCAUUCCACAGACACCUUGUGAAUGUGGACGACUAAGAAAGGGUACUCCACGAGGAAGGGAAGAAAUCUUGUGGAACGGGUGUGUACCGAUUGUAUGGGGACAAGUGUUGGAUGUUGUACUUUUAACGAUUGCAAUGUGAAGGA